AUGGCGCAAGAAUGGUGGUCUUAUAAUGGACCAAUUAAAUUACUUCAUAGCAUGAAUCCUUUACGAGUAUCGUAUAUACAAAAACAAUUAACUAAACAUCAUUCAAUAUCAACCAACUACAACAUCAGCCAUGAUAAUAAUAAUGAUUAUCUUCCGUUUAAAGGUUUACGUAUCUUAGAUGUUGGAUGUGGUGGUGGACUUUUAUCCGAAUCUUUGGUAAGAUUAGGUGCAUCAGUUUUAGGCGUAGAUGCAUCAUCUGAAAAUAUUAAAAUUGCAAAAUUACACUCACUCAAAGAUCCUAAAUUAUUUUCUGGACCAGGAAAUUUAGAAUAUCAAUGUAUAACUGCAGAGGAAUUAGUUAACAAUGGUGAAUUGUUUGAUAUUGUAUGUGCAAUGGAAAUCAUUGAACAUGUUAAUAAUCCUAUUCAAUUCAUUGAUUCAUUGCCAAACGAAACUCAUGACUUUAACAAAUAUAUAAGACAUGAUGAAUUAACAAAUAUGAUUGAAAAUGUCAGCCAUAAUAAUAACAAUGACAAUGAUGUUUAUCCUAAUAGCCACAAUCAUAAUAAUAUGUGGGGUAAAGUUGUUGAUGUGACAGGAAUAGGUCUUAAUCCUAUAACUGGAAAAUGGUUUGAACUAGUUAAAUCAUUACCUUUAAAUUUGCAUGUAAAUUAUUUUAUAACUGCAAAAAGAAUUUAA